AUAGUAGCUGUAAAGUGCAACUCUCCGUAGCUUCAGCACUUCUAAUUAAUUCCAUCUACGACUACGUCCGUACCUACGUAACUCACAUCGGCCAUAUGUACCUAGAUUGCUACGAUACCAUUCCCAUUCUACAGACUUUACCAGUAUUAUCUCACGCAAAUUUCACGAAAUGCCUCCCAAACGCAAAGCCGCCGCCUCCUCCUCCGCCGAGCCGAAAGAAAAACAGUCCAAGCUAGCGAAAGAACACAACAUCUCGGCGCGCGAGGAGCGCGAGAUCAAAGAAGCCUUCGCGCUGUUCGCGGAGCCCAUGGAAGGCGAGAAGGAGGGUGUCAUACCGACCAAGGACGUGCGCCGGGCCAUGGUCGCCCUAGGCCUCGCUCCCACGAAACCCGAACUAAAAGAAUUCGUCGAGAUCCUGGACCCGGACGACGAGGGGUACGCAUCGUACGAGCCGUUCGUCGCCAUCUGCGCGCUGAAGCUGCACGCGCGGUCCGGCGGCGGCGGGGGCCCGGACGCCGACGAGGUCGACGAGGCGUUCCGGCUUUUCACCGGUGGUAACGGAGGCGAGGACGCGAAGCUGACGCUGGCCCAUCUCAAGCGCGUGGCGAUGACGCUGAAACAAGAUGUGGAUGAGGCCCUGCUGAAGGAUAUGAUACUCGAGGCGAACGGCGGAGCCGGCGUCGGCAAGGGCGUGGGCCGCGCUGAGUUCGAGGAGGUUAUGCGGAGGGCUGGGGCUUGGAAGUGAAAGGGGUAAAGGUGGCGUGGAUGCUUUGUAUGAUUCGGGAGAUGUGUGUCCUGUGAUGCUGGGUUGGAGUUGGGUGUUUGAUACGCAACUCGCUAGGUCCGAGGUCUCAGAGC